AUGGAGGCCGAAUCAGCACACAAUCGCUAUCGCUCUCGCAUUCUUCGAGAAAUGAACGCAAAUCGCGACAACCCUUUCAACUCCCCACCAUCCUCCACCGGCUCCCACGGCACCGUAAGCCCGACAAUGUCUUCCGUCUUCUCGGAGCCAGACGGCGAGUCCACGCGCAGACUGAACGAGGACAUUGCUCGUAUUGUCGGUCCCACGGGCGGAAAGGUCCAAGUCGACUUGGAGGCUGCCCACCGCAAGUGGCCCGAAUUCUAUGGCAAGCCGAAGGCUGCCGCCGAAGCGAAGCAGAACAAGCCCGCCCCUAGGCAAUCGGGCUCUUUGCGUCACAAGGACGCCGUCUCCCACAAGGCCAUCGUCCAGAAGUACCUGUCCAAUAGGGUGGACGACUCGACGGAAAUGACUUGGCAGGGUUCUAAGCGGACACGUGCUGAAAUGCAGCCUCGCGUGGAGGACAACGAGUCUGACAUGUCGGCCAACACGUCCAAGUCACCCUUCCGGUUCGAUAUCAAUGCCGACAGCUUCAAGUUCAAUCCUCAACAACAGGUCGGCCGAAGCCCCCUGUCUAGAGGACAUGCACGCUCAACCUCUGGCAAUUACAAGUCGGCACGACGAUCUUCUCAAGCCGCAAAGAACGACCGUCGGAAGUCGGAUUUCCUGGCCCCCCCAACCCACGCAACUCCAAAGUCAACACCAGCCGAGACCGCGCCAUCGAACAACCCUACCCCGGUCACCUUUAAUACGAUUAGGAGCACGUUCCCGUCGCCAGCAACAACCGACAGUCCGGCUCAGAAUGGCGUCACGUCCCGCUCUUUCUUCAUGCCCGACAUCUCUCACCUCAACGACUUCAUUUCUGGCAACCUGCGCUUCCAAGGUGCGGUCAAGAACGGUGUCCCCGUGUUCGUGAAGAACGGACAGGUGCGUGAUCGCAUCGAUACAAUGCCUCCGAACGACCACGCCGAGGUCGACGGCCUAGCAAUCCCCGAGGAUGAAGAGAAGAUAUUUGUGUCUAUGGAUAUGAUCCGGGACGAAAUACUCAACCUUCAGGAGCAUGACGACUUGGUGCAGCAGCACGCUGUCGAACUCGAGGGUCAAGUGGAACACCUCCAAAAGGAACUCAAACGGCUCAAGGGCCGUAAGUCGAUCGACAGUGCUAUUGGUUCUCGAACCGCCUCGGAGCCCGAAACAGCCCACGAGGAGCGCUUCCAGACAGAGAAGCUGAAAUUGGAGUCGCACAUUGCAUCACUGCAGUCCCGGCUGGACCAUGCUACCACCCGGAUCGAUUCUACCGAAUACGAGAACAACACGGUUUCUCUCGAGCGAGACCGGGCCCUGAAGAAGCUGCAAGAUGCCUGUGUCGAGAUUGGCGAUCUCAUGGAUAAACUUGACGCCCAGGGGAAGGAGCUUCACGAGACCCAGGAGAAACUGAACGCCACCUUGGAGAUCACCAACCAGCGGGAGGUGGUCCGUCACGAAAAGCAAACCAACUCUGUUCGGCACACCGAAAAUAAGUCGGUCCAGGCAGACAACCACGCCCUUCGCCGGGAACAAGAAACUCUGCAGCAGGAACUGGACUCUCUGCGAGCCGACAACAACUCUUUGCGUCGCGAGCAGGAGUCGCUCAUCAGCGAGAACAGGUCUUUGCGUGCCAACGCGCGUUCGCUCAUGUCCGAGAACGAAGAGCUCCGUCAGACUGCCGCCAACGCCAAGGAGGACAUUGAGGCUGCCCGCGAUGAAGUUGAGGCACUGCAGGUUGAACUGCACACCAUGGAGCAAGAAAAGUCCACGCUCAGGGAGGACAACGAUAGCCUUGUUCGGCACAACGAAAAGUACUUCAACGAGAACAAGAUCCUCCGUCGCGAGAACUCUGGGUUUGAGCGGAGCAUCCAUGACCUUCACGACGAGAACAUGCACCUCAAGGAGGAAAUCGAAUUCCUCAAACAGCAGCUCGAUCACUGCCGCCCCCUCGGAAAGACCGAAGACUUUUCGGUGCGCCUUGACAAGGAGGUGGGCGAUGAAGACGAAACAGAAGAGAAUAUGACCUCGGCAUUCUUCGUUCCGGACAUUACCAUUGAUAGCACUCAGAACUCGGCUGUCGUCGACGGCACCGUUGAGGGAAAGAAAAUCCGGAAGCCCGCAACGCCAGGCAGGAAGGCAAUCGACAUGCAGGACACAACGGAGCAGACGGACCGCAGUAUCAACGAGGUUGACCACACCUUCCAGAGCCAGCUGAGCUCUGUAGCACCCGAGCCUCCUUCUAAGAGACGAGCCUCCACCUCGCGUCCUCAAGAGUCCACCGGCCAGCAAAAAGUGUCAUUCUCUCUGCCUGAGCGCUCGGCAGCGUCUACCAAGUCGAAGAGCACUAAAACCUCCAACGUCGCCAACAAGGGCAGCAAGAGAAGCGUCUCUGCUCACACAGCCACCAAGACUUCACUCAAGGGCGACGUUGUCCCUGAUCUCGACCCAUUCCAGACUGAGGACGACGCCUCCAUGCAGUCGCUGGAGAACACCCAGACGCAUUCCAUAGUAAUCGACAUGACGAGAAGCAAAAAGGAGUCUCGUACUACCCGACAAGAGUCGACCAACACCACUCGGAACUUGACCAGCCAAAGUCAGAGAACGCCAUCAAGGUCCGCUAUCAAGCCUUCCCAGAAUAAGUCGGUCACGAUCGACUUGAUCACUCAAGGCGGACUGGAGAACACGACUACGGAAAUGAAGGGCAACUGCCCUGCGCUGUCGUCGGAUGCGCGUCGUGUGCUUGACAGUCUGGCUGGACACAGCUGUAAGAACUGCAUCGUGUGCACCCGGAUCAAAGGCCACCGAGGAACGGUCACUGCUGCCGAUAUAGCAGAGGGCAAGAAGCGAGUGAAGAUCUCCAGGCCUGUUGCUCCUUCAGACCAGUACAAGCAGCUGGGCAUCUCAUCCGAAGAUGCCACCAUGCGGCCUUCUCAGCCUCCGGGCAACGCCCUGGCUAAGGUCAUCAAGGGACUCGAGGAUGAGUUGGAACACAUGAAGAUGGAGCACGCGAAGAUGCAGGCCAGAUACGACAGACACAACCCGGCACUUGCCGAGUCGAAGCGCAAGCAGCUGAAGAUCAACAUUGACGCCAACAUGAACGCGCGCGAGGUCAAGAAUGCCCAAAUAUACGCGCUCUAUGAUGUUUUGGAGGGCCAGAAACAGGUCGGACAAGAGAUGUCGGAAGAAGAGCUCGACAUGACUGUUUUCAGCAUUACGGGAUUAAGUGUUAGGGACAUCACAGAUCAGAUUACUUGGGAGGGCAUUCAAGGAUAG